CGCUCACAAACGACCAUCCCUCAUGGUCGUCCACACACGCCUCCUGGCACUCUCGCUCUUUACGACUUUCGCGCUCGCUACCCCGCUCGCUUCUCUUAAGCUCUCUCGGGACCUCCUUGUUCACGACUCACGCGACACUAUUCCCUUUGGAUUCUCUUUCAAGGCGCUCGCUGCGCCGAAAACUCCCCUCACGCUCCGGAUUGCCCUUGCACAGAAAACUUCGGACGCCGUCGUAGAUGCACUCUACAGCGUGAGUGAUCCAUCCAGCGACACGUAUGGCCAACAUUUGUCAAAGACGGAGGCUGCUCAACUUGCCGCCCCCGAUGCAGCCAGCGUGACGGCUGUCAAUGCCUGGCUCGCAGAGCACGGCCUGAACGCGACCGCACUCACGCCUGCAGGUGAUUGGAUGGAGGUUCAGGUGGACGUCAGCACAGCCAACACCCUCCUCGCUGCAAACUACUCUCUCUUCGCCCAAGGAGACUCUGGUCUCCAGGCCGUCCGCACCCUGGCGUAUUCCAUCCCGGCGGCGUUGAAGGGCCAUGUGGAUCUGAUCCACCCUACUACCGCCUUCCCUGCGCCUGUCCAAUCCAAUCUUAUUGUGGGCAAACGCGCCUUUCAUGAGCCUCUUUUGCCGCGCCGGGACCAGACGUCGAAGUGCUCGAACGGCACGACUCCUGCUUGCCUUCAAGAGUUGUACAACAUUCCUACGACUCCGGCCACUGUUGCCUCCAACACACUGGGUGUGACGGGUCGCUUCGGGAACAACGUGCACUACACCUUCCUUGAGGAAUUCUUGAAGCAAUAUCGCCCAGACAUGGAUCCGGCGACCAACUUCACUGUUACGCUGCUCGAUGGCGGAAACAAUGACCAGGACGUGCCUUCCGUAUCCGAAGGAGAGCUUGAUAUCCAAUACACCGUAGGUCUUGCCACGGGCGUACCCGUAAACUACAUCAUGGUUGGAAUCAAGCAUCAAGAUGGCGACCUCGAGGGCUACCUCGACGAGGUUAACCACUUGCUCUCGCUCGACACUCCCCCGCAGGUCCUCACUACGAGCUACGGCUUCGCGGAGAGCAGCCUCUCCUUCGAACUCACCGACAAACUUUGUAAGGCUUAUGCACAGCUCGGGGCCCGCGGCGUAUCCAUCCUCUACGCUGCCGGCGACAGCGGUGUAGGCUGCAAGCAGAACAGCACAUCCUUCGUCCCGACGUUCCCAUCCAACUGCCCAUAUGUCACCUCCGUCGGCGGCACGCAAGGCUCCGCCCCCGAAGAAGUCUGGGGCGGCUCCUCCGGCGGCUUCUCCAACUACUACCCCACCCCCGCCUACCAAUCCACCGCCGUCACCACCUACCUCGCCACCCUCUCCAACGCCACCGCCAGCGCGGGGCGCUUCAACGCGAGCGGGCGCGCGUUUCCGGACGUCUCCGCGAAGGCGGACGACUUCCGCGUGUGGGAGAACGCGACCGCGAGCCUGUUCGGGACGAGCGCCGCGAGCCCCGUGUUCGCGGGCGUCGUCGCGCUGCUGAACGACCGCCUCGCGGCGCGCGGGAAGGCGCCGCUCGGGUUCUUGAACCCGUGGCUGUAUGCGACGGGCGUGCGGGGGCUCAAUGAUGUCACGGCCGGGAAUAAUACGCUCGAGUGUAAUGGGGAGGACGUCGGGUUCGAGGCGGCGCCGGGGUGGGAUCCGGUCACUGGGCUCGGGACGCCUGAUUUCGACAAGCUUUUGAAGCUUGUCGGACUCUGAGCGUGCUCUCCUUUCGAGGUGUCUCUUGUCGAUGUCGAUCGCGGACGUUCCUUCGCGAGCAUCGUCCCGCUGCCAGACUACUUGAACUGCUGUUCGCACCGCUCUAUCCGGACUCUGUAAUGUUAUGUAUCGGACUUAUAGCAUGAUCGUGAUAUGUGUUUACUGUCUUGCAACUCACUCAUUGCCUGCGCGUCUGUGCUGUUAUGGCGGCUGUGACCUGGGUAGAUCUUGAUGCGUUUCGAGUGCGGUAUACGUACAUGGUCCCUUAUGCAAGGUUACAGUACGGAAGCGUCAUGUUCACGCAUUUUAGAGAGAGGCGAGCAUCUAUCGCGAACGGGAAGUCACGGUAUGAAAGCAGAAAGC